AUGUUUUGGACUGCAGAUGGGAUAACAUCCAUUCGUAAAUCGAAUAAUUAUCGUCUUCCUCGUGCGAUAGUACCUGAACAUUAUAUAUUACAUAUUAAUACAUACUUGGAAAAUGAUUUUAAGUUUGACGGAGAUGUUUUAAUUAAGUUAAAAAUUUUGGAAUCAACUAAUGCAGUAAUAUUACAUUCAGUGGAUUUAGAUAUUGCAUUUGAUAAAGUUAAACUGAUAGACAAUACUUUACGAGAAGUUGGAAUUGAAAGACAAUAUUUUGAUAGAUCCAAUGAUUUUUAUUUCAUCGAAUUACAAGAUUAUUUACAAAAGUGGAAUCUAAAUUAUUCCCUUUAUAUAGCAUUUAAUGCUACCUUAACGGAAGCCUUAGCUGGGUAUUAUCGAAGCAGUUAUAUAGAUCGUACCAGCUAUAAGAAAAAAUGGUUAGCUAUUACUCAAUUCGAAUCAACUGAUGCGCGACGAGCAUUUCCAUGCUUCGAUGAGCCUGGAAUGAAGGCUACGUUUAGAAUAAGUAUGGGCCAUGACCGUAAAUAUACUGCAAUAAGUAAUAUGCCAUUGGAAAGUACCAUACAAAGAGGUUAUAAGUGGGUAGUGGAUUAUUUCGCUCCAACAGUAAAGAUGUCUACAUAUUUGGUGGCAUAUGCUGUUACAGAAUUUGAUUAUCGAUAUGUUGAUAAUGCUACAAACACUAUUUUUAGAGUAUGGGCGAGAAAAGAUGCUAUGAAACAGGUGGACUAUGCUGCAACUGUUGGUCCAAAAUAUUUAAAAUUUUUUGAAAAUUACUUUAAUAUUUCAUUUCCAUUACCCAAACAAGAUAUGAUUGCCAUACCUGAUUUCAAUUCUGGCGCAAUGGAAAAUUGGGGUUUAAUUACAUACCGUGAAACAGCAUUACUCUACGAUCCAAAUAUAUCCUCGGCCGCAGCUCAGCAUCAUGUCACAAGCACAAUUGCCCAUGAACUUGCACAUCAAUGGUUUGGUAAUUUAGUUACAAUGAAAUGGUGGACUGAUUUAUGGUUAAAUGAAGGUUUUGCAACAUUUAUGGCUGCAAAAGCAGUACAUUAUUUAAAUCCUGAAUGGAAUUCAAUAGCGGACGAAAAUGUUGAUAAUAUAUUGGAAAUUUAUAAAUUAGAUCGAUUAGAAUCGUCGCAUCCAAUAUCCGUUCCGAUUGGACAUCCAAGUGAAAUUACGCAUAUAUUUGAUAUAAUUACAUAUCGUAAAGGUUCGUUUAUAAUACGAAUGAUGUCUUUUUUUUUGGGUGAAAAAGUUUUCCGUCAAGGUGUUUCAAAUUAUUUACGAAAAUAUGCAUAUGGAAAUGCUGAUAAAAAUGAUUUAUGGGCAACAUUAACCGAAGAAGCACAUAAGCGUGGUGUAUUAGAAAGUGAUGUUGAUGUGAAAACUGUUAUGGACACAUGGACUGUACAAACUGGCUAUCCAUUAGUUACCGUUACUCGUAACAAAAAUAAUCGUGGAUUAUUUAUCAAACAAGAACGUUUUGGUACAAAAUCACGUGAUAAAUCCUGUUGGUGGAUACCGUUGAGUUAUACAACGGCAAAAAUAUCUAAUUUCAAUGAUACAACUCCGAAAGCAUGGUUGAAAUGUAGUUUGGGUGAAAAAUCUCACACAUCGAUUAAAUUUGCUAAAGAUUUACCAGAUAGCAGUCAAUGGGUUAUUUUUAAUAUUCAAUUAGCAGGAUUAUAUAAAGUAAAUUAUGAUACAAAAAAUUGGGAAUUAUUAAUAAGGGCUCUAAUAAACGAUCAUAAUUCCAUACCAGUUUUAAAUCGUGUACAAUUAAUUGAUGAUUCAAUGGAUUUAGCAAGCGCUGAUCAUUUAGACUACCAUUAUGCAUUUAAAUUGUUAAGAUAUCUGAAACAUGAAACUGAAUAUUUACCAUGGAGCGUUGCAUUUCAUCAUUUAAAUUAUUUGAAUGUCAUGUUAAGACGGACUCAUGUUGAUGGUAUAUUUUCUAAAUAUGUAAGGCAAUUGGUUUCACCAAUUUAUGAAAAAGUUGCCUAUCAAUUGGAAAAAAAUUCAACACAAGGUAUCAAACGUCUAGUAUUAAUUAGUGCAUGGGCAUGUCGUUUUGGAGUCGGUGAUUGUGAAGAGCAAGCAAAUCACUUGUAUGCUACUUGGAUGAAAAUGAAAAAUUCAGAUAAUGUUAAUCCGAUUCCAAAAGACUUACGCGAUUUAGUGUAUUGCACAGCCAUUCGAAAUGGUGGCGAAAAAGAAUGGGAUUUUUUAUGGCAAAAAUAUUUAAUAUCAAAUGUUGGAUCAGAGCAACAAACUUUAUUACAAUGUUUAGGGUGUUCCAAAGAAGUGUGGAUUUUAAAGAGAUAUUUAGAUUGGUCUCUAAAAUCGGUGUCUGGUAUUCGUAAGCAAGAUAUGCUGUAUGUAUUUGAGUCUGUCUCUAAAAAUAUAGUUGGAUUUUAUUUAGCCAAAGAGUUUUUUAAAACGAACAUUGAAGAGUUACAUAAGUAUUUUGGAACCAAAAGCGAUCGAUUAUCCAGGUUUAUGAAGUUAUUAGCAAGACAAAUGUAUACAACAUUAGAAUUGGAAGAGUUUGAAGAAUUAUGUAACAAAUACAAGGCUAUAUUAAAGGAUUCAACAGUUGGGGUUCAUCAAUCACUGGAGAAAAUACGAAAUAAUUUUAAUUGGCAUACAAAACACUUCACCGAAAUUAAUUUGUUUUUUCGGAGAAUGAAUUCUGAUUUAUAUGACAUAAUAUAUUAA